AUGGCCACUCUCAAGUCGCACUUUUCUCUGAGCAAGAUCGUCUUCUAUGUCCUGUGGUGGGGUCUCCAUUGGGGCUUGUUCGCCUUCGGCUGGUACAAGCAAGCAUCAGAUCCUCGACUAGCUGGUCUGAACACUCUCACCUUUUCAGUAUGGAUGUCUCGAGGCGCCGGCCUCGUACUGUCGUUCGAUGUCCUGUUCAUCCUGCUGCCCAUGUGCCGCAACCUGAUGCGCUUCAUUCGACCCAAGUUCAAGUUUCUUCCUCUGGACGAGACGAUAUGGUUCCAUCGGCAAUGUGCCUACGCCAUGCUAGUUUUCACAAUCGUUCACGUCACUGCUCACUACGUCAACUUUUUCAACGUCGAACAGUCUCAAAUUCGACCGGUGACGGCCAUUCAGAUUCAUUAUACCCAGCCUGGUGGCAUCACAGGUCACAUCAUGCUUUUAUGCAUGCUGCUUAUGUACACCACUGCACACCACAAGAUUCGACAGCAAUCCUUCGAGACAUUUUGGUACACCCACCACCUCUUUAUCCCUUUCUUGCUGGGUAUGUACACCCACGCUACGGGCUGCUUCGUCCGUGAUACAGCACUACCAUUUUCUCCAUUCGCUGGAAAGCCGUUCUGGACCCAUUGCAUCGGAUACCAGGGUUGGCGAUGGGAACUUUGGGGGGGUGGCCUUUAUUUGUUUGAACGUCUCUGGAGAGAAAUUCGAGCCAGAAGGGAAACCAAGAUUUACAAGGUCAUCCGCCAUCCUUAUGACGCGAUGGAAAUCCAAUUCCAGAAACCCAGCAUGAGAUACAAGGCUGGUCAGUGGCUCUUCAUCAACGUACCAGCGGUAUCGGGCCAGCAGUGGCAUCCUUUCACAAUCACAUCUUGCCCCUUCGACCCUUACAUCUCAAUUCAUGUCCGGCAGGUGGGCGAUUGGACCAAGGCUCUUGGUGAUGCACUUGGUUGUGGACCUGCUCAGGCCAAACAAUUCUCCGACAUGGAAAGCAACGGAAUCUACGAGAUCGCCCUCUCGGCAGGGCAGGAAAUGCCCGCCAUCCGUAUUGAUGGACCGUACGGUGCCCCUGCCGAGGACGUUUUCGACAACGAAAUUGCCGUGCUCAUUGGUACAGGCAUUGGUGUCACGCCUUGGGCAUCUGUACUCAAACACAUCUACAACAUCCGCGCUGGACCCAACCCGCCACGCCGACUCAAGCGUGUCGAGUUCCUCUGGGUCACUCGGAGCAUCGAGUCCUUUGAAUGGUUCCAGACGCUGCUGUCUUCUCUCGAACAACAAUCAGCCGAGGCUGCACAGUCUGUCGGCGGUCCCGAAUUCCUCCGCAUCCACACAUACCUCACACAGAAGGUGGACCAGAACACUGCUGCCAACAUCUACCUGAACACCGUGGGCAACGCCGUCGAUCCCUUGACGGAGCUCCGCACCAAGACUCAAUACGGCCGACCGGACUUCAAGCGUCUCUUCGGGGCCAUGCGCGACGGCCUCAUGGACCAGACAUACCUCGACGUGGGCAAGGAGGGUAGCAUCACUGCACAGAUGAAGGCCACGGUCGGUGUGUACUUUUGCGGUCCCGGAGCGGCAGCCCGCGAGAUCAAGGACGCGUGCAAGUACACCAGCAACGAUCUGGUCAAGUUCCGAUUCUGGAAAGAGCAUUUCUAAACGAAGCGUUUGGGAGCGGGAUGUCUUGUCAUGGAGUUUUCCGAGCGAACUUAGGUUCUUUAGCCUGUUCAGACGUUCCUGACAUCCUUUUCCUCAUUGAUCAUUUCAUUGUACAGGGCUUGAAAGCGGAGUUGAAUAUUUUAUUGUUUUUUUACGUCUGCCCAGCGAAGCGAAGCGAAAGAGAGAUACCACGAGAUGAAGGCGAGGCCGUCGAACAAAGAUGGAGCCAGGAAGCUUUUCAUGUACCAACAGCAUUCUUACGAUUUGGCUAUGAGACAGUCUGAAGUGACG